CCAGUUUUGUGUCCUGGAUUAAUAAUAAUAAAACAUAUUUUAUUGUACUGCCAAACAUGCUAAAUAUGCAGUUAUAACAUAAAUUAUCAAGUUUAUAGCAGUUUAUGCAACACGCUCUAUUCAUCGUAGGCCAAAAAACAGCGAUGAAGACACUUCUAGAUAUAACAUCAGCAUUUGUUGGAGAAAAUUCGAAUUUCUUCACACCAGAAAUGCUCCAAGAGCUCCCAAAGAAUGUGUUGAUGAAUAUUUUGCCCUAUUUGAAUGCUGCAUUUCUAAACAAGAUGUGUAUAAAAAUAACAGACUUGCAAUGCACUGAGCUGUGGAAGAAACAUGUCCAGAAGAGGUGGAACUUUUGGAGUCGAGUCGGCCAUGUCGGCAGUACAUACUCCACCGUCUUCAGUGACAGCGAGAGAUCGGAGGACUUCCACAAGGUGUACCUGAUCAAACAUUUCCUGGAUUUACUGAAUUACUGCUGUCUUAAUGUACAUGUACCAGAUCCAAUUGGAUUACUUAAUUGUCCCCUGCAUAAGAUGAAACCAUGGAAUAUUGUCACAAAUUCAUCCCUUCAGUCUUCAAAGUACGUUAAUGAACUGAUACAUUACGCUCAGUAUGCCGAAUCAAUCAGCUUAGUGGGCUCUCAGUGCAGUUGGAUAUGCUGUCAAAAAGAGGUGCUAGAUUGUUUGCUAGUCUCAACCAAAAUAGUUAAUCUACAUGUAGUCAAUGAUUCACAUUACGAGGGAGUUAGAACAUUGUUGUGGAAUCUCAUCAACAGAGGAGUAUUAGAAGAGGCCAACUUUUCCUCCAUCACCCCAGCAUUAUCACAAACAAAUCGUAAUGACCUGCUAAAGAUUUGUGCUGGAGUGACUGUGAAUAAGAGUGCAAAAUCCCAAACCCCUCCUAAAAGACCCAGGAAACGUACAAGGGGCUCCACAGAGGAACCAUCGACAAGUUUCACCACCUCUGUCAUUCUUGAUUCUGGCUACGAUUCUCCUGUCAGUAAAAAAGUGUGUGUCAGAUUGGAUGAUCCUGACAAUUCGCUGGACAACUCUGUGGUGAGCAUAACCACGACGGAAGACGUUCCAAGGAUUGUGGAUGUCAUUGACUUCACCGGAGCUCAAGGUCAAGAAGAGCAGGAGCCUUCUUCAUCAAGAUCAAGUGAAAACUCGGCAAACAUCUCUCUAGCAAUUUCUGAAGAGGACUUUUCAUAUGAAGAGGAAGAGUAUGUGGGUUUGGAAAAUGUUGGGCAGAUAGAAAUGGAAAACGUUUACACAUUCAGUAUAUCUGGUAGCUACAUAGCUGACAGGUCAAUCGGCAGUGAUAGUGACUUGUAUGAUGAGGCGGUUCAGCCCGUCAUGACCAGGUUAUGUAGCAGACGACAGUCCUACCCCCCUAUUCCUUUAGUUGAGUCCUUCGUCAGCCAGGUAGAUCCUGAUCAUCCUGUGAGGGGAGUGUCUUCAUUUUCAGUUACAUGUGCCAAUCUAACUGGACUUCUUCAAGUUCUACCGAAAUGGAACGAUUUAAGAAAAAUCAGUCUCUCUCAUGCUACUAUUGAUGACGAAUGCAACCAGCUGAUGAUGACCGCCAUACUCGAUAAAGUUCGAAAUCACAGACUCACUCAUUUAGUGUUAGAUGACUGCUACCUGUCAGACCAAUUCUACCAAAGGCUUCUAAGCAUUCUACAAAAUCAUUUCAAAUCACCGGAGCAGGCCUUAGAGCUUAUCGAUAUUCAAGCUUCAUCUACACCUCUCUCUGUUCUCUCAACAGAAAAAUAUAAAGAAACUCAGUAUGGAGUGAAAAAGCUAAACCUGAGCAUGAAUACAUUCCAUGCUUCUGGAUUAGAGGCUCUCACUACACUGAUCAAGUAUGACCGGUCAUUAACUCAUCUCAAACUGCAUGGCUGCUUCCUUCAAGACAGUCAAGUUUGUCAGCUUCUGCAGGCAUUAUCAGAGAUGCAGCAAAUUGAGAUGUUGGGGUUGAGCGGAAACCUUGUGGCAGAACCAGAUGUUGAAGCUGAACUUCUGAACUUCUUGUCAAAAGUGAAAACACUAAGGGUCCUUACCCUAAACUACUGUAGACUCAGACCACAAUUUGUCAGCGACCAAUCCUUUGUGACAUCCGUGAAGAACCAUCCAAACCUGACAGAGCUCUGUCUGAAGAAUAACCAUCUAGGUGAAAGUGCAUGUCAGUUUAUGCAAUCAUUAUGCAGUGGAGGUCAAUUUUCAUUACAGCAUCUAAAUAUUGGGUAUAAUUGGAUAAAAAUCGAUGAUAUGAUUAAAUGCGCCAAAGAAAUUCAAACCAGUAGAGAGAAGAUUGGAACCUGUUGUCAACCGAUGCUGCAGAGUUUGAUUUUGAGUGGAAACAGGUUAAAACCGAUGCACUUUGAAACUAUAAGAAAUCUGUUUGUGUCCUUAGUGGUGGAAUUGGAGAUCAACAGCAUUGAUAUUUCUGCACCAUCUGACCACGUGGCCCAGAUGUAAACAUGCAAGUGAAGAAGGAAUAUUCUAAGAAUCAGAAAGGGUAAAAUUACAACAUCUCUAGCUCUCCUAGGAAGCCAUUGUUAUGUUGUUUAUAAACAAAUGCUAAUAAAAUAUAUUCUAAACAAUAGGUUUUUUGUUAAAUAGCAAGAGAGAGAGAGAGAGAGAGAGAGAGAGAUUUUAAAUAAUAGAGUAACGUUAAUUGGUAUAACUGGAGGCCUGGGGCGGCUUUUGACAUGAAAAAUAAGUAUAUCCUUUAGAAAUUCAUGACGUGAAUAUGCUUCUUAAAAUGUCUAAACCUAGACUAGAACAUGCGGAUGAUUUUAUUUCAUGCUGUCAAUAUAAUCCUAAAAUAGCUAAAACUACUUUGCCUAUUUGUAGUGGACUUUAUCUUGGAAAUAAGUUAUACUGAAAGUUCCAUUGAUUUCUUUACAAUGAUUAAAACCGUUCAAUAAGGUGGAAAUUUUAUCGAUAAUAAACAAAGGUCUAAUUAAAAUUGAAAUUUGAUGUAAUCAAUUUGCAUCUGUCUGAAGUGUUAAAUGUGUCUUCAAUCAGAAACUGCAUUGACUUAAUUGAACACAACCAGGUAUGUUUAAACUUACCUGAGCUGUAAGAUACUUACGAUUCACCUGUCUGUCUAACAAUUUUUUGUAAGCUUUCAUAUUAUUUACUUUUUAUUUAGAACCAUAUGCACGAGGCCUAUUUCAAAUAAACUUCGCAAAAGCAUUGUUAAUGAAGGCGGAUGUUAAAACCGUGAUCUCUGGACAGAAGAAAGUCCAAAGAUGACUCCAAACAUCAAGUUAGGAAAAAAGUUAUUAAUCUACGAUAUAUGUGUUAUUUUAAUACAAAGAACCGGAGAUAAUGUUUGAACCAUGUCUGCUAAUCAGUUGUAAGGUAUAAGUUCUUUAAGAUCUACUAUAAAUAAAUAAGAAAACUUAAGUCUUUAAAAUUUCUUCAAAAUAUGUCAUCUACAAUUUGAGGUUUAACUUUACUAGCAUCUACAUAGGAUGCAAUUUCAAAUUUGUUUAAAUCAUGCCAUAUAUUGGGGUUACAAGGGCAAUAAAAGAUUAACACUAUAAUAAAUUAAGAACAAUCUUCAAAUAAAAAGUUCUCAAGAUUUACAUGUGUAAUACCACAACUUGUAUAAUUGUAAUUCAGACAUCCUGAUGUAAAGAUAAAUCAGUUUUUCUAAGUUUAAAACAGUUACCGGUACUAUUAAAUUCCCUUGUCCUUUUAAACAGGAUUGUUUAGACAAGAAAAUCAUAUCUAAGCAAGAGAUACCAAGAAAAACCACUUGGAAUAUAUAACUCAUGAGAGCGAUGAGACCCAUUAGAGUCUUAUUUAGUUGUGUAUCGUUUUCUUCCGCAGUCUUAUAUAAUAUCCCUCCUCCAGUGUCGAAGUCUCAUGUAAUAUCUCUUUUUCCGGUGUGUUUAUAUUUUAAAUAAAAAAACUGUUUAAAAAAAUUGAAUAAGCAGCUUAUGAAGA